AUGAAUGGAGGAUCAGUGAAUGAACUUACCAUGAAUCUUGAUUUCACUGAAAACAGGAAUAUUUCUAUUCCAUCUUACUUCUACAUCACUGGUUUGUCUGGUAUACCUCACAUGAGAUACUAUUACAUUUUUCUGUUUUUUGUCUAUUUUAUCUCUUUGCUUGGAAACUCCUGCCUCAUGUUUGUUAUCAUUAUGGAUCGAAAUCUCCACACUCCUAAAUAUAUCUCGGUCUUUAAUUUAUCGCUGACAGACAUUUGUGAGAGUACGGCUGUGAUCCCUCAGCUACUGGAUACAUUUUUGUUUGGGAAUCAGUUGAUACCAUAUGGAUUGUGCUUGUCCAAUAUGUUCUCCAAUAUGUUAUUUUUUACAGAGCAGUCACUAACUCUCACUGUUCUUUCUUUUGACAGAUUAGUUGCUAUUUCAUUACCACUGAGGUAUCAUAUGAUUGUGACCCAUGGAUCAAUGCUUGUUAUAAUUGGUGCUUCAUGGACAAUAGCAAUGUUACUAACAAUGAUUGGAGCAAUUUUUAUGAGCAGACUUUCUUUCUGCAAAUUUAUAGUCACUGUUAACAGUUUCUACUGUGAUCAUGGGCCUAUAUAUCGUUCUGCUUGUAACAAUAAUUUCCCGACUUGUAAUGAUAUUUCCAUAAAUAUUUUGAUGGGUCAUAUUUCCUUUGGUCUCCUGAUUUGCACACCACUCAUACUGAUCAUUAUUUCAUAUUUCUGCAUUGCUCUGGCUCUGCUUAAGAUUGCUCACGGUGCUGACCGAAUCAAGGCCAUAAAAACCUGCACCUCGCAUCUCAUAUUGGUGGCAAUUUUUUAUCUCCCAGUUUUGUGCAAUGUCCUUGCAUCUGUAACAACACCUUUGCAUCCAAACGCCCAGAUAAUUAACAAUUCUCUGACUCAGACAAUACCACCAAUGCUGAAUCCCAUCAUAUACACUCUAAAGACAGAAGAGGUCAUGCAGUCCAUAAAAGAACUGUACAAACACAGCAAAGUGAAUACACACAACCAAAAACCAGAGGUAGUUGAUAUACCAAUGCAGUCAGGGCCCCGUGUAGCCCAAGUUGGAAAUGGAGAGCUGAUGAUCCAGGGCAAUGGAAUGGCCGUGGUUGAGCCGGAGAGACAGAGGACUGAAGAAGAGCCAAAGGUUUGGAGGAACCUGAAGGAGCCAGAGGGACGAGAUGCAGCCGUAGGAGUGGAGUCCUGA